GUUACAAUCAUCCAGCCUUAAUGAAAGUGAUGACCAAUCCAAAUAAUGUGAGUGCAUUUGUGAACCGGCCGGCACUUGGCAUUCUGCCACCUGAGAACUUUCCAGACAAACUGGUCGAGAGCCUGCUGACGAUUGCCCCCAGCGGAAUGACGCGAGUACAAACCAUGGCCUGUGGUUCCUGCUCCAAUGAGAAUGCUUUCAAGAGCAUGUUUAUCUGGUACAGAAAUAAGGAGAGGGGAAACACCGACCCAUCUGCGGAGGAUAUCGACUCUUGCAUGAUCAACCAGAGUCCUGGAUGCCCAGAUUUGAGCAUCUUGUCUUUUAUGGGAGCUUUCCAUGGGAGAACUCUGGGUUGCCUGGCCACAACACAUUCCAAAGCCAUUCACAAGUUGGAUGUACCAGCCUUUGACUGGCCUAUCGCACCCUUCCCUAAGCUCCAGUAUCCUUUGGAGGAGUUUAAACGGGAGAACGCUCAGGAAGAGGCCCGCUGCCUGGAGGAGGUUGAGGAUCUCAUCGUGAAGUGGAGGCAGAAGGGUAAACCAGUUGCUGGCAUUGUUAUCGAGCCCAUCCAGGCAGAGGGAGGGGACAACCACGCCUCACCUGACUUCUUCAUCAAAUUGCGAAAUAUUGCACGCAAGCAUGGCUGUGCUUUCCACGUGGAUGAAGUGCAGACAGGUGGAGGGGCAACAGGCAAGUUCUGGGCCCAUGAGCAUUGGGGUCUGGACGACCCUGCUGAUAUUGUUUCCUUCAGCAAGAAGUUGCUGACAGGAGGAUUCUACCACAGGGAUGAACUGAAAGUAGAUAAACCCUACAGAAUCUUCAACACCUGGAUGGGGGACCCCUCAAAGAAUCUGUUCUUAUCAGAGGUGCUUAAUGUGAUCAGAAGAGAGAACCUUCUGGAAGAGGUGACGCGCUCAGGGAAGGCUCUUUUGCAGGGUCUUUACGCACUGCAGACCCAGUACCCUCAUAUCCUGAGUAGAGCCCGUGGCCAGGGUACAUUCUGUGCCAUAGAUGCCUGCGAUGAUGUCACGCGCAACAGUAUCAUGAUGAAGGCCAGGAACAAAGGUGCGUUUUUGGGUUCCUGUGGCGAAAAGUCCAUCCGUUUCCGUCCCUCUCUGGUCUUCAAGGAGUACCAUGUCCAUCAGCUCCUGAACAUCCUGAAUGAUGUUCUGACUGAGCAUAAAUAGAGUUCUGGCUGCCAGGUCGGCGUUGAUUAUGAAACGUAUAGGGUCCAAUCCCACUCAAGGGUUUAUACCAGCCUGUCACAAUUAAUUGAUCACCGUCUCUCUCUCUUUCCGUCCAGUCGCAUCCUAUCAUUUCUAAUUAGGAAGGAUAAAAAUCUGUUUUCCGAUUCUUUUUAUUUAGCUGAUCUUAUCUUUUUUUUUUUUUUUUUUUACCAUGGGUGGACAGAUUGAAGAUCUGAAGCAGUACACAGGAAUUCAGGGUCAUAUAAUAAAUUUAAGUAAAUCUCAUUCUAAUGAAUUAGUUAAUUAGUGAAUUAGUUGAAAAUUAGUUAAAUAAAGCAAUUUAGAGACCUCAGAGAUGGUACAGAUUUCUUAUUGCAAUAAUUCUAAUAACCCUUUUAGUCAAAGAAAAAGAGUCCAGGUCUAAGCAUCUGGAAGUUAACAUGAAAAGAUGAGUAGUCACUAUGUAUGACACUAAAACUACAUGAUAGUAGCUACUACUGGCAUUAUGAAGAUAAAAUAUAACUAUUUUAGUAUCUACAAAGAAAUGGUUGCACUGGAAAUGCAUAGGUUGUAUUUUUUUCAUGAUGAUGGAUUGAAUUUACAGAGCACCUGAAUAUUAAGGUCCUCUUUGAAUUAAAAGCAUGUGUGAAAGACAAGUCGUGGAAGCAUCAAUGGAGUGAUUGCAUUUUAAGGAGCUGGAUAGGGCCGAUGGAAAGCUGGAAAAAGUAAGAAGUUGCAGAGGAACCUCUAAUCCCAUUUUAACAGGGCAUCUCUUGAGCCAAUAACCUUCAAGCAAUCAGAAAGGCCCUUUUAUUGAGGUGUCUGCUUUACGGUAUAAUUCCUCAAUCAUAAAGAGCCAUUGUCUUCACUGUGAUGCAAAGCCUCUGAUUUGAAUCCCAGUGAGAUAUAAAACAGCAGACGAAACAUUUAAAGCACAACCUGGUGUGGUAAUGUGAGGGAUGAUCAGUUGCACAGCCAAAUUUCUACCUGAUCUAACAAUAGAAAUCCAUCAGGACACAUGUUUUAAAAGCACAGCUUAGCAUCCAUCCUCUGCUCAGGUGAACGUGAUCCCCUCAUGUUCCUCAUCACAGGCCAUGCAAGAAAAGCUAUGGAUAACGUCUACAAGGUCAUCUUCACUUAAUGGCCAUCACAGCCUGUAUAUGUUGAUCAUCUUUCGGGUGAUUCUCCUGUUCCAGUUGCUCCAAGCUGAAAGAGUGAACAUCCCUUCAGCUUGUUUCAAUCAUCCUUUCCUUUUUAAAUACUUAAACCCCAGUAUGUACUUAAUGUAGUUAGAUUAUGCAAUGCUCAUUGUGUAAGCUUAUUAAUGAAGACUAUGUUUCCAUGUUGCUUACAGCUGCAUCAAAUCGAGUUCCUUAUUAAGUAUAUGUUAUUCCUUCGUGGUAAUGUGUUCCAUGUCAGUGUAAUGUAUAAAUGUUGUUUUGGAUGCCUUUUAAAUGUUCCUUUUAAUGUUGUGGACAGGCGGCAGCAGGGACUGGAAAUGUAAAAGUCUGUUUGUACUCUGCAAAGUCAAUAUUUAAUAGAGAAAUGUGUAUUGAUACUCAUGUUAAUUACAGAAAAAACUGGUUUACACUGUUAUAUGUAGUAAAAUUAGAUUAAAAUACUGAGGUAAUUUCUACAUAAAACCUUAAUGUUGUCUGAGGAAGUUCUAAAAUAAAUAUGACAAUUUGAAUAUUUUUUUGUUCUUGCCCGUCUUUGAAGCAAAAUGACAAAGAAACACACAUGCACAUGAAAAAUGAUCGGAAUAAUUUUAUUAAUCACAAUAAUGUACACAUACACAGUGAACAAGUUUUAUUUUCAGUGAAUAAAAAGAGUGAAAUCUA